AUGGAGCAAAUCGAAUAUCCACCGAUGAAGGAUAUCGUGAAAGCUCAAGAUCACCCAUCAAAAUUCAAGCACAGCCGUAUGCCGCAAAUGAACGGAGCCGUAAAAGCGCCCAACAAGAAUAUAAAGAGGAUAUUGAGGAAGAUGACUGAUAAUCACAAGGUUGAGAUACCUUUCCUGAGAAUCAUUCAGCAAGCGGAAUUGGACAAUGCCGAAUGGGUCCGAGCUCGUUAUGAGCAAUUGGCUUUUAUUGAUGAGAAAAGAAUUGUUGCUAUUUGUCAUGAUCAAUUAUACCAGCAAAGGAUUGCAAGAGCUUUCAACAAACAAGUCAGAACCAGAGUUUUUCAGAUCGAGCAACUGGUGCUCAAACAGAUUUUUUCACAUCAAGAGGAAUAUGAAGGGAAGUUUGCUCCAAACUGGCAAGGGCCUUACAUAAUUCGCAAAGUACUCUUCGGAGGCGCGUUAGUAUUGGAAGAAAUGGACGAUCCAGAGUGGCCGAAGCCGAUCAACUCAGAUGCAAUCAAACGCUACUAUGCAUGA